AUGUGUGGAGCCACUGCGCUUACAUGGUCUCACACCAUCUCUCCAUCGUUUCACCUUCCUCGAUCCCUCCCUACCAGAGAGCCUAGGAGCUUCAGCGUUUGGUGUGUCACCGAUCAAGAUGCCAAGGGAAAUAAAAUGAUCAUAUCUGUAACUGGAGCAACAGGUUUUAUUGGUAGAAGGUUGGUGCAAAAACUCCAUGCAGCAAAAGACUUUCCUGGAAUCAAGAUUGCAGAAGGGCCAGAAUGGAAAGAUAGCAUUCAGGGCUCUACGGGGGUUGUGAAUUUGGCUGGACUACCCAUAAGUACCCGAUGGGCUCCUGAGAUAAAGAAGGAAAUCAAGCAAAGCAGGAUUAGAGUGACCUCAAAGAUUGUAGAGUUGAUUAACAGUGCACCAGCUGAAAUUCGACCUAAAGUUCUUGUUAGUGCAACAGCUGUUGGUUAUUAUGGUACCAGUGAGACACAAGUUUGUAGGGAAUGGGAAUCCACAGCCCUGAAGGUAAACGGAGAUGUUAGACUGACUCUAAUUCGCAUUGGAGUUGUUCUUGGUAAAGAUGGUGGAGCACUAGCUAAAAUGAUACCUCUCUUCAACUUGUUUGCUGGUGGACCUUUAGGCUCUGGAAAACAAUGGUUCUCCUGGAUUCAUUUGGAUGACAUUGUGAAUUUAAUAUAUGAAGUGCUAUCAAAUCCAUCUUACAAAGGUGUUAUCAAUGGAACUGCACCAAAUCCUGUGAAAUUGGCAGAAUUGUGUGACCAGCUGGGACAUGUCUUGGGUCGUCCCUCAUGGCUGCCGGUACCAGAUUUUGCGCUCAAGGCUGUCCUAGGAGAAGGUGCUUCUGUGGUUUUAGAAGGGCAGAGAGUGCUUCCUACUCAAGCUAAGAAGCUGGGUUUCUCAUUCAAAUAUUCUUACGUGAAGGAUGCCCUUAAAGCAAUUCUUUCUUGA